UCCAUUUUUUCCAUUGACUCUGAGUUAUUUCUCAUCUACACCUACCUAGCUUCCAUAACUAACUAUUGCUUAAUCUUCCUUCUUGUUCUUGCUGUUGUUCUUGAUCAAGAUAUGCCUUUAACUUUAUUGAUCUAUAAUGUAAGGUCUUCCUUGAAAGUUUAUUGAACAUGGUAGAAACAAUUCUCUUCAACUUAGCAAGUAAAGUUGUGAGCAAGAUAGGCUCCGUUGCUCUCCAGGAAGUUGGCAAGGCAUGGGGUGUUGAGCAGGAGCUGAAAACACUUGAGGGCACCUUGUCCACCAUCAAUGCUGUGCUCGUAGAUGCUGAGAGACUCCACGGCGAUCAGGCGCAUUACUCAAUUGUGACGGGCUUAUGGUAUGAGAGACUGCAAGCUGCUUUCUAUGAAGCAGAUGACCUACUCGAUGAAUUCCACUACGAAGUUUUGCGACGUCAGGUGCAGUUGAUGAGGAUGAAUCAUUGUAGCAGCAGCAGCAUUGGAAUACAGAAGGAGCUGGUACGCAAAUUCUUAUCAUUCUCACACACACUGGAUUUGCCAUUUACAUUUAAAAUGGGCACUAGAAUAAAAAAGAUCAGAAAGAGAUUAGACAUGAUUGCAGAUGAUAGGAAUAAAUUUCAUCCCAUCGUCACAACAUCACAACAAAACGUGCCCAGUGCGUCAAUGUUCUCCAAUGUCAAUGAAUCAGAAUUUGUCGGAAGGGACAAUGAUAGAGUACAGUUAUUAGAACUCAUAAUGACACCAAGUGAUUAUAAUGAGAACUUGUUAGUCCUCCCCGUUGUUGGCAUUGGAGGCAUUGGUAAAACAACUCUCGUUAAAUUUCUGUACAAUCAUGAAAUGGUCGCCAAGCUUUUUGACUUGAGGGUUUGGGUGACAGUAGCACAGUAUCUUAAUGUUAAACAUGUGAUGCGAAAAAUUAUUCAGUCCAUAACGGAUUGCCCCCCUUGUGCUGACCUCAAUUCAAAUCAGUUAAAGAAUCUCCUUCGAGAAAAAUUGCAUAAAAUGAAAUUUUUACUCGUUUUGGACAAUUUAUGUGAUUGUGAUAAUCGAGAUUGGUGCAAGUUGUAUGGCUUAUUGACAUACGGUGACACAGGAAGUAAGGUCAUCGUGACUACACGUAACAUGCGGGUUGCUACAAAUGUGGGCACAGUUCCCACAUACAAUUUAGAGAGUCUUUCAGAUAAAGAUUGCCUUGAAUUGCUUUGGAAAUGGGCAGGUUGUCGUGAAAAAUUGAUGGAAGAACAUGUGAUUGUGAAGCUCUCAGAAAUUGCAAAGGAAAUUGUGAAAAAGUGCCACGGAUCUCCUCUUGCAGCAAAGACUUUAGGCAACAAUUUGUUUAUGGAGACUGAUGAAAGUAAAUGGUUAGAUUUAAAAGAGAAACAACUAUGGGAAUUGGCGCAAAAGAAACGUGACAUUUUCACAGUGUUAAGAUCAACCUAUGACCCACAACCAACUGACAUGAAACGCUGCUUCAUGUAUUGCUCAAUUUUUCCAAAAGGCUAUGAAAUUGAAAUUGAUAAAUUGAUUCAGUUGUGGCUGGCGCAGGGGCUCAUUCAAUCAUCUGGCCUAAAUUGUGAGUUGGAAGAUAUUGGGGCUGAUUAUUUGAAUCAAUUAUGUUCCAUAUUUUUCUUAGAAAAGAUUGAACAUAGCAAUUUACCAAAUACGUGUAGAAUGCCUGAGAUCAUUCAUGAUCUUGCAGUAUUUAUGGCAAAUAAAGAAUGCUUAAGUACAACAAAUUAUCGUUCUGGACCCAUUUCUGACAAGGUAAAGCAUGUAUCAUUUCAUGAUUUUGAUUGUUCAGGGGAAGAAGACGUCACAAAGUCAUUGUUCAAACUAGAGAAUCUCAGGACUAUUUUCUUUCCAUUUCAAGGACUGGGAGCAGGUGACAAAAGCUUUGUUAACAGAUGCAUCUCAAAGUUCAAGUAUCUGUAUGUGCUUGAUUUGAGUAACUCAUGUUUUCAGGUACUGCCACAUUCCAUUGGUAAUUUGAAGCAUUUGAGAUUUUUUGACAUCAGUGGGAAUGCAAAUAUUGAGACACUACCUAAUGCCAUUUGCAAACUGUUCAAUUUGCAAACUUUGCGAAUCUGGUUAUGUGUGAAAAUUCGAGAGUUGCCUAAAAAUAUAGGGAACUUAAUUAGUCUUAGGCAUUUAUACUUAACCACACAACAAAGUUGUUUUCCAGAGAAUGAAAUCCAACGCUUGACCUCUCUCCGAUCCUUUCGAAUUACAGAAUGCGGAAACCUUAAAUCUUUGCCUGAAGGAAUGCAACUCCUCGUCAAACUCAAAACAGUGACUAUCGCAGCGUGUCCCAAUUUGACCUCUCUGCCAAGUACCAUGAAGAACCUAGCCAAGUUGAGGAAUCUUGAGAUUAGUAACUGUCCAAAUCUUGACUUGGCAGGGUGGGAGGACUUUAGUGGCCUUAGGAGGCUUCAAUAAAUUGAAGUGUACAAGAUUUUAUGAGUCUGUGGCUCUCCCAGUGCAUGUACUGGAAAUUUCAUAUCAGCAAGAGAAAGUGACAGAUGUUCGAUGGAAAACCAACCGAUGAAUGGCUUGUAUCUAAAAAGGAGGAGGAAGGAGCAUGUUAUCUCCAGCAGCAGGCCUUGAACUUAGCCGUAUUUAGGAUUCUGUUAUUAAUGUUGUUUUGUUGGGUAUGUUGUCUAUGCAAUGUUCUUGUGGAACUGUUUUCUGAGCAUUGUGUUUCUCAUUAUUGUUGUUAUAUAUCUACUGCCUUUUAGUUAAUGUUCGUAAUGACUUUGAA